AUAAAAGCCUGCUCAUCUGCAGAUAUAUCAUUGUGUUACCUAGUUUGAAAAGAGAUACUUCAAAGUCGUGAUCAGUUUGGAAGUUAGUGUUAGAAGUUAGAAGAAAACUUACCAACAAAGAGAAAAAUGUUACUUUCCUGGACACUGGUAUUUAUCGCUAUUGCAUCAUGCGGUUCACUUGAUCCUUGUGCAAUACGAUGUAAUACGACAGUUGACGAACCAGUUUGCGGCUAUAAUGGCGUAGAAUAUCAAUUAUUCCAAAAUAAUUGUUUUCUGCUACUUGCAAAUUGCGGUGCUAGAAACAGUUGGGAAAAACGCCCACUCAAUGAGUGUUCUUCAAGGAGUCGUACGAAACGGUCAAGUACUUGCCCGACUAUGUGUCCCAUGGUUUAUAAUCCCGUUUGCGCGACAGAUGGAAAUACCAGCAAAAUUUUCGGAAAUCAAUGUGAAAUGAAUGUGGCAAACUGCAAAAGCAACAGAUGGAGAGCAACCCGAUCGAAUGCUUGCGUUUAAUAAUUCGUUGAAGAUCAUUUUAAAUUUUUUAAAGAAAUUGAUGAUACGAAAACUCAAAAUUUGCUGGCAAGAAAUAGUGCUUGUUUGUAAAAUUCGAUAAAUAAAACAAGGAUUUGAUGAAA